AUGAAUUUAACUAUAGUUAAUUUUCGUGACGUUGGAGGAUCUCUAGCAGAAUCCAAUCAGGAUAAUAAAAGUGUAAUUAAAAAGGGCGUAUUGUUUCGAAGUGGUGAACCGGAUGAUGCAUCGGACAAAGAUAUUGAGCAGUUUUUGAAACUCGAUAUUCAAACAAUAAUUGAUUUACGAUCUAGUUCCUACGAGAAAUUGAAACCUGAAAUUUUGGAAAUUAAGUAUCCUCGUUCCUCUUAUCCGUUCAAUGAUGAUGAAAGACAUCGUAAGACUGUUAACAUUAGUUUUGCAGGGAGAAACCUUUAUAAGUAUUUAAUUGCGGCAGCCCCAUGGUCGAUUAAAUUAAAAAUCAUUGGAUACUUUUUAAUUUGUAGAAAAUUAAAUGCUGCGAGAUCCAUGGCACAAUAUAUGGCCCCAAGGGGAUUAGUGGGGAUGUAUAGAGAUUUUGUUGAAUGCUGUCAUGAUCAAAUUUGUCAGAUCCUUGAUAUCAUGUCGGAUAAAAGAAAUUUACCACUGUUGAUACAUUGUAGGCAUGGAAAAGAUCGUACGGGUGUUUCAAUUGCAAUUGCACUUGCAUUAUGUGGAGUGGACGAUGAAACCAUCGUAAAAGAAUAUUCAUUAUCACAAAAAGGCAUAAAAUCAUUAUAUUCGGAAAUUGUUAAAGAUUUUGAAAGAGUUGGUUUACCUGAAGAAUUUGCUGAAGUAUCUCCUGCUGUAUGCUAUGAGAAAUUUAUUAAAGCAUAUUAA